UUUUUUAUGUGGAGAACACAUGUUAUUUAGCGUUCCCUAUUCUGGGAACUGCGUCUCUCUCCACUCACACUCCCUUCAUGAGACUCUUGCGAUUGUGGUAACAAUCACCGAAGGGUUACAAGCCUGCUAUGUUAGUUAUCGCUCCUUCUUCCAUUGCUCUACUACCUUCACUUACACGAGAUUUUGAUCGAGGAUUGAGUUGUGGCUGUGAUCAGUGAGGAACAGGGCCUCCUUCCUAGCCUUCAUCUGCUGCGACGAUGGAGGAGCUCGCCUCAUCUGAUGUUCCGAACAAGUUGAAGAAGAAGGAAUCUAAGAUGAAGAAGAGGGUUAUAACUCCAGGGGCCUUGCUGAAGGCAGUAGUAAGGUCUGGAGAGGGGACUAAACGUCCUGUAGAAGGUGAUCAGAUUAUCUUCCAUUAUGUCACACGAACAAAUCAGGGAGUGGUGGUUGAGACAUCGCGAUCUGACUUUGGAGGAAAGGGAGUUCCUCUUAGACUUGUUCUGGGAAAAAGCAAAAUGAUUGCUGGAUGGGAGGAAGGCAUCACCACCAUGGCCAAAGGUGAAAUAGCUAUGCUGAAAGUGCAACCUGAAUUACAUUAUGGUGACCCGGAGUGUCCUGUACCAGUGCCCGAGAACUUUCCAGUUUCUGAUGAGCUCCUUUACGAAGUGGAGUUGUUCAACUUCUGUAAGGCGAAGAUUAUCACAGAGGAUCUUGGUGUGACAAAAGUGGUCUUAGAAGAGGGUGAGGGCUGGGAAACUGCAAGGCCUCCGUACGAGGUGAAGCUUUGGAUUACAGGCCGGAUCUUAGGUGGGUCCACAUUUUUUACUCAUAAAGAGUGCGAUCCCAUUCAUGUUGAAUUCGGCAAGGAACAGUUGCCAGAAGGACUUGAGAAGGCAGUCGGCACUAUGACGAGGAAAGAAAAGUCAAUUAUCUACAUUUCAAGUUCAUACUGUACGAAUUCUUCAAAUGCAUACAAAUUGAAUAUAUCUCCUCAAGCGCAAGAACUAGAAUUUGAAGUGCAGUUGGUGCAGCUCAUUCAGGUAAGAGACAUGUUUGGAGAUGGAGGAUUGAUUAAGAGACGCCUGCGAGAUGGACUAGGUGAAUUUCCUGUGGACUGUCCUCUGCAAGAUAGUGUGCUUAGAGUCCACUAUAAGGCUAUGCUACCUGAUGAUGGCGGCAGAAUAUUUAUUGACACCAGAAGUAAUGGAGGGGAGCCUGUUGAGUUUGCUUCUGGUGAGGGUGUGGUACCAGAGGGACUUGAGGCAAGUUUGAGGUUGAUGCUUCCGGGGGAGCUUGCACUGAUCAACAGCGUCUCUAAGUACGCAUAUGACAAAUUUCAAAGGCCAGAGAGUGUUCCAGAGGGAGCUUCAGUCCAAUGGGAAGUGGAAUUACUGGAAUUUGAGAGUGCAAAGGAUUGGACGGGCCUUAAUUUUCAAGAGAUCAUGGCUGAAGCUGAUUCCAUAAAGACCACAGGUAACCGGUUAUUUAAGGAGGGCAAGCACGAGCUGGCUAAAGCUAAGUACGAAAAGGUGUUGAGGGAUUUCAGACAUGUAAACCCUGGCAGUGAUGAAGAAGCAAAGGAACUACAAGACACCAAUAACGCACUGCAGCUUAAUGUAGCAGCUUGUUAUCAUAAACUCCAUGAGUACAUCAAAUGCAUAGAAACAUGCAACAAGGUGCUAGAAGGUAACCCGCAUCAUGUCAAAGGGUUAUUUCGCCGAGGAACUGCUUACAUGGAAACGGGGGACUUUGAUGAAGCUAGAGCUGAUUUCAAGCAGAUGAUAACAGUUGACAAGGCUGUCACAGUUGAUGCAACUGCUGCUUUACAGAAGCUCAAGCAAAAAGAACGGGAAGCUGAGCUGAAAGCUAAGAAACAGUUCAAAGGGCUAUUUGACUUAAAACCUGGAGAACUCUCUGAGGGGCUAGAAGAGGUAAAGCCCGUAAGCGAAAUCCAUGAGAAGACUGUUGUCAACGAGGAACUUCCGAUAGCAUCUAUGGAUCAACAUCAACACUCAAAGCACGAAACAGAGGAAGGGAGCCAUGAAUCGCCCAGGGCAAGCAGCCGAUUGUUAAGACUUCUGAAAGGUGGAGAGCACCUGAUAAGGACAGUCACUUUUGGGAAGUGUACGAUUCUUUAAUUUUUCAUAUUGCUACUGCUAGGAUCUCCCCUUUUUACUGUACUGGUGACUACCUUAUGCUCAUUUACAUUUCUAAGCCGUUAUAGCUGUUAUUAACCAUUCGAUAAUGUACUAUGAACAAUAUUCCACUAGCGUUUUAUGGCUAUUUUUCAUUAAGUCCUUCUAAGCAUUACACAGCUCAACCUUUCACUGCUUUGCCGUAUUUUAUACCAGAUAGGUUCAGUCACAACAAUGUACACACAUAUGAAAUCAAUCAUGCACGCAGAGGACUAGUUGCAGAAA